AUGUCCUCGGCAUACGCAAAGCAGAAGCUCAAGCAAUCCCGCGAUGCUCUGACCCAGAAAGAUUGGUCGGCAGCUGCAGAAGCUGCCGCCAGCGUGCUCGAAUCAGAAAGCACCAACUACAACGCAAACGUCUUCCUAGGUCUCGCUCUGCUCAACCAGCAAAAGUUUGACCAGUCCGAGGCAGCCUAUCUUUCUGCCACACGCGACCAUCCGCAACAGUUGCUGGCGUGGCAAGGCCUGCAAAAGUUUUACGAUCAACGCAAAAGUUGGGACAAGUUGCGAGAUGUGUUGUACACGCUCAUGGACCUCUACAACGACGCAGGCGAUGCAACAAAGUGUGCCGAAACUUUUCAACGCCUGCUCGCCCUCGAGCGCGAGGAAGGAGGACGCAAACGCGUAAUCGACACAUUGGAGCUGCUCCUUCCAGACUCGAGGUACUACGCUUGUCUUUCGACACUAGACAUCCCAGAUCAGACGCAGCCCGAAAAGACGACCACCUUUGAUACUCAGAUGGCCAUUCAUGUCAAGAGUCUGGACACGCUACUCGAAAUGAUCGAAUUGUCAGAAAAGUGGGAGGCAGACACAAUACAAAAGGAAGCCGACAAGAGGAGGAUGCGGCUCGACGGCGCCAACAAGGGAAAGGAGGCACUCACCAACGAGGUACGGCUCGAGUACUACUCCGUAUCACGGCUCCCACCCCUCUACGAGCAGGUCUUGUCGCAUCCCAAAGCCGAGGACGAGCUUCGAAUCGAAGUCGAAGCCAAAUUGCUGCGGCACCGGCUCGGUCUGCUCACCUCCUUCCCACCAAAACAGCUUUCCAGCGGUAAUGCACCAACAGGCACAGCAGCCAUCGACCGUCAGCAGCAAGAACAGCAGCAACAGGCAGAGCAACAGCAGGACGAGUCGAAACGCACUUUGAGAGACGAAAUUCUCAAGCUUGCGUCGGGAAUGGUCAUCAUCGGUCUCCCCGACGAGCUGGCUUGGGAGAUCGAUUUGGAAUGGCGUCCGAUCUCCUCGCUUGCAGAUCUGCGACUAGAGCAGAUUCGCAAAUUCAUCGCUCUUUUCCCACGCUCCGGCCGCACCAAAGCCUUUCGAUCGUACCUGCUGCUCAUCAAAGACGAGCAGUAUCUCCACGAGAUCAAGGAGGAGGAGAAGCGCGCCGACGUCGAGAUCCAACAACCUCAGUCUCACGACGACCUGCUCAAUCUCGCCAUCGACGGUCUCGAGGAAUGCUCAGACUCUGUUCUUGCCCACCGCAUCGCCGCUACCUUCUAUCUUCUCGAUCGCGACUUUCAGUCUGCCUCGGAUGUGGCCAGCUCUGCGCUCCAUGUCGUCAGCCGCAUCGAAGCUGAUAGCGCCGUGGAUCUCCAACCGUCUCGGCUCGGCACCUCGAAAACGCUUCUCUCGGCAUUGACGCAUCUGCAUCCACCUCAGCACCACGCUCGCGCUUCUCGCUUGAUCGACAUCGUCCUGCAUACGGACGCCUCCGACGUCGACACGCUGCUGGCCAAGGCUUACAUCGAGCAGCGCGCAGAUCGUUGGGAGUCCGCGCACUCCCUGUUUGGUCAAGUUCGAAGCAUCGUCGCAACGCAAAAGACCGACGACUACAGAAUCCGCAUCGAGCGCCUACUUUCACUCAGCCAAGAUCCAGACCAGGAAGCCUGGAUCGAGACCGCUUGGUGCGAUGUCAAUCUCGGUCAUGUGGAACAGGCAAAAAGGGAGAUGGAAGCCAUCCUUGAGCGAGUGGACCCGGUCUCGUACCAAGGAGCAACAGCCGAGCUACGUGCCAAGCUGUGGUGGCGCCUCGGUCGGUGCCUCUGGUUGAUGGACGGCGAAUACCGCACCGAUCCGUCGCAUGCGUUCACCGCCUUCAUCACGGCUUUGAAGCGCAACCCGGCAUUUGCACCCGCCUACACUUCGCUCGGCUUCUACUACGAGGACGUGUUGCAACCGCCAGACCUCACACGUUCGAGCAAGUGCUUCCAAAAAGCGUUCGAGCUUGAUGCUCGCGAGGACGAAGCGGCCAGGAGACUCGCCGUCGGAUUCGCCGAGGAGCAAGAAUGGGAUCUGGUCGAGGUGGUCGCUCGCAGAACUAUCGAGGGCGAAGGUGGUGCCGACGCCAUCGGAGGUCACACGUCAGCAGCUUUGCACGCUUCACGACGUCAUCUCUCCCGCAAUUCAUGGGCGUGGAAAGCCAUCGGAAACGUCGAGAUCGCCAAAAAGCGCUUCGAGGAUGCCAUUCUCGCAUUUCAGAUUGCUCUGCGUGCAGAACCUGACGAUCAGGUCUCGUGGCAGAGGCUCGGUCAGGCUUACGCUUUGGCCGGAAGGCACGUGGCCGCUCUGAAAUGCUUUGCAAAGUGCCUCGAGCUGGUCGAGGCCAACGACGAUCCUCAAGAUGACGGCUGGCAAGCACAAUACAGUAUCGGCGACGUACAUCUCGAGCUCGGCAACUUUUCCACGGCUGUCGAGACGUUCUCGAGUAUUCUCGACAAGCAUCCCCAGGAGCUUGGCGUCAGGGUGGCACUGAGCAACGCCUUUCUACUCUCUUCUCGACAGGAGCUCGCCACGGGCUACGUCGAGCGAGCCGAGAUCUCGGCCAACUGCGCCAUCCGGGAAGCGACACAUGUUCUUCUUCAUCACGACAAACACUUGCGUUCAGCGUGGAAGGUCAUCGCAGACGCCGCCUUCCACCUCAGCAAGUUUGGACGCCUUCGUCAACCUGCCUCGUUGCUGACAACAGAUGGCGGGGGAGAAUUGACUCCGAUCUUGAAGCUGGCCAAGGAGCUUGACACUGAUGCGAAGCUUCCCUCGAUUAGCGUCGUCACGCACGAAAAGCUGAGCUCGUCAGCUGAGAACCUGGAACUUUCGCCUUUCCGCCUGCUCCAGAUCAGCGUGUACCUCUACAAGCUGCGCGUAGUCCUCAAUGCCUCGGACGACAAGGUCGCAGGCAGUGCUUGGGCCGAUCUCGCCACAGCACUUUACUGCGCCUCGCGAGCCAUGCUCCUGCCAUCCUCACAUUCCUUCUUGACCGCGCCCGCAUCGACGUCGAUCGUCGACUUUGCCGAAUCCCAGAGCGCGCAGGCGCGACUGCAAGCGAUCGGAUCGAUCAAGCAGGCCCUACGACACGAACCGGGACAAGAGGCCUACUGGCUGCUCUUGGGCAACCUGACCUUCCACUCGUCCGUCAAGUUGGCGCAGCACUGCUUCGUCCGUGCCAUCGAGAACGCGCCCAAGAGUCCGAUCGGAUGGACCAACCUGGGCCUGCUGUAUUUUCACCAUGGCGACGUCGAGCUGGCCAAUGAGAGUCUCAUCAAAGCACAGACUGUCGAUCCGGACUACGGCGCCGCUUGGGUCGGGCAAGCUCUGGUUGCGCAGCAUUUCGGAGAUCAUCGUGCUUCGCGCGUGCUCUUUGAACACGCCGUGUCGCUCACCGAGGGCAGUCUCCAGGAGGCCGACUAUGGAUUCGGUGAAGCGGUGUAUGAUGCGUUGCGCCGAUACGCAGCGAUGAAUGCUGCCGACUCACGCAUCACCGAGGCUACGCUGUCGAGCGCCUCGUUCGCCAUGUCUGCCUACCUCUCCCACUCUCCCACCGACGUUGAUGCGCUGCAUCUCUCCGCGCUGCUGUCGGAACGUCUGGGACAGAUGGAUCUGGCCAUCGAGCGAAUUGCAAAAGCAGCUUCGUUGCUGGAGGAGAGGUACGAGGCAACCGAGACGAUCGAAGUCGCGCGUCAAUACGCAGUCGCCGAAUCGAAUCUCGGUCGGAUCAGACUCGCCACGGGAGACUGUGAGGGUGCAGCUACUGCAUUCGAAGCAGCCAUCGGACUGCUUGAGGGUGAAGAGGACGACGGAGCAAACGAGGACACCGACAAAAGCGACGGUAAGCUCGACCGUCAACGCAUCCUCGACGCCAAGGUGCACAGCCAGCUCGGCCUCUCCCUCUCCCAUCACUUCUCCGGCCAACCCCAAGACGCCCUCGCCGUCAUCCAAGAGGCCCUCUCCACAGCCUCCACCGACCCCUCGACUUCGCUCGACCUCACCCUCCACUACGCCAAACUCCUCUGGGCCACCUCUCACCUCCCCGCCAUCGAAGACAUCAAAUCCCUCCUCUUCGGCAACAUCCAAACCGACCCUCCGCACACCCCCUCCAUCCUGGCGCUCGCCGUGCUCGCGCUCACCAGCAAGGACGCAGACCUCCUCGACGCCGCCCGCUCCGAACUCGAGUCGUACCUCUCCACCCCCUCGUCCCACGUCGACAGCAUCAUCCGCCUGCUCAUCGCCAUCUCGCCCGCCACCUCGCUCGACCUCAUCCACACCACCAUCCAAUCUACCAUCGAUCGGCGCGAAAAAGACCCCCUAUCCCUGUUCAACCUGCACAUCACGUACCUCACCCACGCUCUGCAUAUCGACCACCCUUUGAGCGAGGAACAGAUCUCCCAGGUGCUGGCGUACACCUCCCUGACGCAGGAUCUGUACGAGACGUACGCACCCUCGCUGUCAGAAGUCGAGAAGUUGGGCUCCAAGAUGCGCUUACUUGUGGAUCGCCUCCUGCUCAAGUACAAGGACACUCCUUCACCAGCCAAGGGUGCAGUAGAAUUAAGCUUGAUAGAUACACCAUGGAUGCUAGCAACCUAG